AUGUGUACAUUAGUGGGUAGAUGUGGCCUUAUUGUAGGAACAUCUGGUAGCGUUGAAGGUGUUUCUCCUACAUCGGUUGGCCCAAAUUUAAUAGCUGCGCUCUCCAGCGGUGAUGCCUCAUCAGGCCGAACGUGGAAAAUGAUUAAAGGCAAAGUUUCACAAACUAUUGAAGAUAUCAAGUCCUCGAAAAGUGUUAAUACCGGCUCUGCAGCUAUUAGUGGUGGUAAAGGUAGUGAAAAUAUACAACUUGUUUAUCCAACCGUGAUCGUAAAAGGUGAACAAUCAUAUCCAUUUCCUGCUGAGGGUGACUCCGAUGUGGAAAAAAGCAAUUCCGUAAGCGAAGAUUUGUCUGAGCGUCGAAGUAGCGGCGGCAGCACAAAACAAAAACGCCAAAACAAAUUGGAAGAUUCCGACUCGGAUUUCGAAACGGAAAUAUUAUUGGAAUGUGAUUUGGAGCAGUCGAGAUUGAAAAGAGGUAUUGCCAAUUUAAAAUCGAAAGUGAAACCCAAGCACAGCAUACAGCCUCAAAAUUUGACCCUGUGCACCGGUUUAGCUAAUCCAACAGUGCAUACAGUGAAAAAGGACACAAGUCCCAGCCGUAGCACGGGCUCAUCCUCAUCGUCAUCGUCGUUGCGGGGAACAUUUUUACGAAGGCGCCGUAACAAGGCAAUCGAAAUAGCAGAAUUGGUUUCACCGUCAUCAUCAGGUACCACCUCAAUGUUGGCUGCCGCUGUGGCAAAUGAAAUGGCAGCUACUGUCCCGGUAGUUGUAAGCGGUAAGCCAGAUAAGAAACCGAGAGGAAAACUAAUGCCCGAUCGUAAAGAAAUGGAAAUUGAGUCGGGUGUGGAAAUGUUGGAGGACACGCUACCGCCAGCAACAUCCGCUAAUAAUCCCACUUUUCCAACAGUUAACAAGAAAACUGAUGAUGCAUCGUACACACGUUUCUAUUCGCUGGAAUCAUUCGAUGAAAAUGUUACAAAAAAUUUAGAAAAUAUGCCGGAGCUUCCGACUCGUUUAACAACCGAUGAGAAUAAUUUAUUUGGCGAAUCAAAUGAUAAAGUAAAACUUGAUAUGGUCAACAUGAAAAGUCAGUUAAUUCAAAGAACGAAAAGUAUGCCUAGCUUAUCGUUAAUGGGCUUAAUAUUAGUCUUGAUAUUACCCAUACAUGAUUUUAUACGCGGCAUAUUAACAUGCUUGCUCUUCAUCUCAGUUGUCGACAACAUUAUGAAGCUUUUCGCCAAUCUAAUUGAUCAUUGCUUUCAAGGUUUCAAUAAACAGGAGAAAGCCAACUUUCAAAUACCCGAUUAUAGUAAAAUGCCCAUAUGUGAAAUUCCCGCUGUCAAAGAAUACAAAACAGUAAAGAGUUACGAGGGUUGGAUGAACGAAAUCGAUAUCUAUGAUCCCGAAACUUAUCAUAUAACUAUGACUAGAUCGGUUUAUGUUAAGUUAGAAGGUUCCAUUUUAAAUAUAUCAAAUACAAAUGCUCGUUUAUCGAAACGUGCUCUAUGGAAUGAGCCACCAGUUGAUUUGAAAUCUGUAACAUUUACCGCUCAUCGUUCUUAUGAUUUAUUGGGAUGUCGCAUUGAACUUUUACCGUUAGGAUUGGCUAGAAAAAGGCAUUUCAAUCGUAAAUAUCCUAUACAAUUGAUAGUAAAACAGAAUUUUGAUUCCGAAAGUCUCGAAAGUAUCGACUUCAAUAAAUCGACAUUGGCAUAUCGUUUAAAGAAACCGAAAGUAGAGAAAUCAGAUUUGAAAGAAGCCUCACUUGAGAAAUUUACCGAAAUCGAAGUUAAAGCCGAUGGUGGGGAAAUCGAUUUUGCUGAAACUAUUUUAAAUGCCGAUUUGCAAAAAUUGCAAGAUGACUUAAAUCCGGAUGAGAAUUUAAGGAGCGUUACCAUACCGUGUGGCGAUGAAGUGCGUAUUUUAUUAUUCGCUCGUGCCGCUCGUGAAAAAGAAGAUUGGUUUCGUCGUUUCGUGGCGGCCAGCAAUGGUGAUAUUAAUGAUAAAGAUCUUCAUCUGCCUAAUGUGAAAUUUGUGGACGAUAAAGAUUUACAAGCUGCUGCGAAUAAAGCUGCCCUUUUAUUAACGAAUCCAAAACAUCGUGACAGCGCCAGCUCUACUAAAUCAACUCAUCAGGACUCAUCGAUCACCCUCAAAGACUCGGAAGAUAUUGUUGAGCCAUCGGAAAAGGACAUUGAAGCUGAAGCUGAUUUUGAUAUGUAUGCGCUGCACGAAAUCAGCCCGAUUACAUACAUUUUAUGUCAAUGUAUCAGAAAGCUUGUAGUCAAUCUCGCAUACCUGUUUAUAAAGCAUAAGCGUUCGAUGCGGCAUGAAAAUGAAUUGUGGAAAGGCAUCGAUCAAUCUUUGUUCUUGGGCCCAUCUGGAAGUGUAGUGUGGGCGAAUGUAUUGGCUGGACGUUUGCUAUUUAGCGUUUUGCAAAAUGAACAAUUACUUGAAAAAAUUCAAGACUUUUUCCAAAAGAAAUUAAAUUCCCUUAAGCUUCCAAGUUUUAUGGAGGAUGUUAUCAUCAAAAAUAUUGACUUAGGCGAUAAACCACCGCUUGUACAUCGUAUUUCACAGCCGUUAAUCAAUGAGCGGGGCAUUUGGAUAGAUGCUGAUGUUACGUAUGAGGGUCUCUGUCACGUUACGGUAACCACAAAAUUGAAUAUAUUACGCUUGAAACGUCCGCCACGUUCCCAUAGCGUUACGGUCGAAGCAAAUUCCAGUAUGUCGGGACAACCAAAUAAUCCGUAUAUGGCGUCAAGAGAUGAUGCAAGUGCUAUAGGUUCACGUCAUGGCCUGGAAAGCGAAAUAAUAUUAGAAACCCAGUCAGCUAGCGCGAUAUACGAUAGUGAUGCUGAAAGUAGUGGCAGUUCAAGUACUGAAUCGGAAAGUCCUAUGACUGGAGUGUUGGGUGAAAAUCCCAGCAACAUUGAAAGUUCCAACUCGGGCAAUACCCGACGCAUAUUUAAAUUUGUCGACCGCAUAGCUACUUCGAAUAUAUUUCAAUACGCCACCGAAAUUUCUUACGUACAAAAGGCUAUGGAAAAUAUGAACACCAAUAUUACGCUUGGCAUAGACGUCAAGGGUUUAGUAUCACGGGUAACUAUUAAUAUACCGCCACCGCCAUCGGAUCGUAUUUGGUUAGCAUUUCGUGCUCCACCUCGCCUUUGGUUAACCGCUCGACCGACUGUCGGUGAUAAAUCAGUUGAUUGGAGUAUAGUUACCAAUGUGAUUGAAGGCAAGCUCUGUGAAGCUGUUAACAAAUACUUGGUCUAUCCUAAUAUGGUUGAUCUCACGUUACCUUUCAUGGGCAAAUCUGCUUCCGAAACGUAAUAUUAAGAAAAUAUUAAGAAACAAAAAGAUAAACAAACAAAUUAAAAAAAAAAAAAAAUUUUUACAACCAUUCAUAUAUACAUACAUAUUUUAAGUAAGUUUAUAUAGUAUUGCAAGUUAAAAACAAACAAAGAAAAAAAUACUUAAUUAGACGUAAAGAAACUUAAGACCCACUAACAAUAUUUACCUAAUUUCUCAAGUAUUAUUUUUUUCUGACAAACCAAGUCCGAAAACGGAAUAGAAAAGACAAAUGUCGUAAUUUAAUUUGUUUCGAUUAUAAGUUCCAUUUGGUUACACUGAAU